AUGCGGUUGCAAGCGCUUCGAGCUGGACAGGCCGCUAACUGCAGGUCUCGCAUACUCUCAUCCUUCCCGCACCCACAUCUCGUACCGCGAAGACAUCUCGCCACAACGCACAAUGUGCCCUCCGCGCGCAACGUCGACAUCGCCUCCCGCACACCACCGUACCAAAAGCUCCUCUCGCGCCUCGCGGAAGUCAGACGGGUACUAGGCUCCUCGCGCCAAUUGACCCUUGCGGAAAAGAUCCUAUACUCGCAUCUCGAAAGCCCGGAAGAGUCACUGCUGUCCAAUACGAAUAAUGGCAGAGACAUUCGUGGUCAGGCGAAUCUCAAGCUCAAGCCCGACCGCGUUGCGAUGCAGGAUGCCUCGGCACAGAUGGCGCUGCUGCAGUUCAUGUCUUGCGGAUUGCCUUCGACGGCUGUCCCUGCGAGCAUACACUGCGACCACAUGAUUAUAGGCGAGAAAGGUGCGGAUACCGAUCUUCCGCAGUCAAUCAAGGGCAAUAAAGAGGUCUUUGACUUCUUGGAGUCGGCUGCGAAGAAAUAUGGAAUCGAGUUCUGGCCACCCGGUGCGGGCAUUAUCCACCAGUCUGUUCUGGAAAAUUACUCGGCUCCUGGGCUCAUGAUGCUGGGGACGGACAGUCACUCGCCCAAUGCUGGUGGACUAGGUGCGAUUGUGAUUGGUGUGGGUGGUGCGGACGCCGUAGAUGCUCUUGUGGAUGCGCCGUGGGAGCUAAAGGCCCCUAAAGUGUUGGGUGUUAAGCUCACUGGUGAACUGAGUGGGUGGGCAUCUCCCAAGGAUGUCAUUCUACACUUGGCUGGUCAACUCACAGUCCGGGGAGGUACCGGCUUCAUCAUCGAAUACUUUGGCCCUGGUGUACAAACGCUGAGCUGUACGGGCAUGGCCACGAUCUGCAACAUGGGCGCUGAAGUCGGCGCGACGACUUCUCUCUUUCCAUUCUCUCCAGCUCAUGUACCCUACCUCCAAGUAACCCACCGCGGACCAAUAGCUCAAGCAGCCUCAGACAUUGCAAAGCUUCCCAUGGACCGAAACCUGCUACGCCCCGACCCCGAAGCCGUCUACGACAAAGUCAUCGAAAUUAACCUCUCCAAUCUCGAACCUCACAUCAACGGACCCUUUACCCCUGACCUCUCCACACCCCUAUCCAAGUUCAAGUCUGUCGUUGAAGAAAAGGACUGGCCACGCACAUUCGGCGCAGGUCUGAUUGGCAGCUGCACAAACAGUUCUUAUCAAGACAUGACGCGCUCCGAAGAGCUCGUCAAGCAAGCUUCAGCAGCUGGGCUCAAGCCUAAAGCGGAUUUCUUCAUCACACCUGGUAGCGAACAGAUCCGCGCAACACUUGAACGCGACAACACACUCUCCACAUUUACAGCAGCUGGCGGCACUGUUCUGGCAAAUGCUUGCGGGCCCUGUAUCGGCCAAUGGACACGCACUGAUGGUGUUAAGAAGGGCGAAGCAAAUGCUAUCUUGACAUCGUACAACCGCAACUUCCCAGGUCGUAAUGACGGUAACCGCGCGACCAUGAACUUCCUCGCUUCCCCUGAAUUAAUCACAGCAAUGUCGUACUCUGGCUCUACAACCUUCAACCCCAUGACCGACAGCAUACCUACGCCCUCUGGCGAAUCGUUCAAAUUCUCACCACCGAAAGGCUCAGAUCUACCGUCUACGGGCUUCGCAACAGGCAACCCGGACUUCUUACCUACACCGGGCGUGCCGGAUUCCAGCGUCGAUGUUAUCGUCUCGCCUACGUCCACACGUUUAGCACUCCUUGACCCGUUCCCGGCGUUCCCGGAUACAGAGCUAGGUGGAUUAAGGAUCCUGUAUAAAGUCAAAGGGCAAUGUACUACAGACACCAUCUCUGCUGCGGGUCCUUGGUUGAAGUACAAGGGCCAUCUACCCAACAUUUCGGAGAACACACUUAUCGGUGCGGUCAACGCACAAACCGAUGAAGUAAAUGUAGCCUACGACAUCGAUGGGAAGACUUCUGGUAUCCCAGAACUUGCGAAAAGGUGGCGUGAUCAGGGUAUUGAAUGGCUCGUUGUUGCGGAGCACAACUAUGGUGAAGGCUCCGCAAGAGAGCAUGCUGCCCUUCAACCACGGUACCUCGGAGCCCGCAUAAUUCUGACCAAGUCAUUCGCACGUAUCCACGAGACGAACUUGAAGAAACAGGGCGUCGUACCUCUCACCUUCGCCAACGAGGAGGACUAUGACUUGCUUGAGGCAUGCGAUGAAGUUGCCACAAGAGGACUCCUCGACGUUUUACAUAGCGGCGGAAAGGGCCAGGUGGAGCUUUUAGUAAAGAAGAGGAACGGCCAGGAACACGUGAUCAAGACCAAGCACACACUCUCACACGAUCAGUGCGGUUUCGUCCUGGCGGGAAGCGCCUUGAACUUGUUGGCGCGAAAGGGGAGAGAGAUGAAAGAGGAAGUUACGAGAGCAAAUGAGUUGACUGAUUAA